AUGGGCGUAGCCAAGGUUCUGGUGGUUGGUGCUCUGCAGGGACAGCUCCAAAAAGGUCUCAGCAAGAUCAACAAAGCCUGUGAUAAGCAAGCUUUAGACAUCGCUCUCAUCGUCGGCGAUGUUUUUGGCGAGGGCGAGUCCGCUGAUGCAGAACUUGAUACCUUUCUCAGCGGAGGCAUUACGCUGAGCAGGCCGACAUACUUCACCGUUGGAGACCGACCACUGCCAGCUAAAGUAAUAGAACGCCUAGAGAGCUCAGACGAAGUCGUCCCGAAUCUCAGGUACUUGGGACGAAAAGGUACACUCACCACGUCCGAGGGGAUCAGAAUCAUCUCAGUUGGCGGACGCCUUAUCGAGGACGAAGCUUUGCCUGUCCAGAGUCUUGGCAAGUAUGAGCCUCGUUUCCGUGAUCAGGAAGCGAAGAGCCUAGGAGGUGCUCAUUCGGCUCACAUUCUCCUUACCAACCAGUGGCCAGCCAACAUCGCUCGACUCUCCAACAUCGAAGUACCAGAGGGUGUGGACGCCGAUGCUGGCGUGCAGUCACUUGCGAGACUUUGCCAGACUCUUCAGCCUUGGUAUCACUUCUCUUCAAGUCCAGCCGGGGCCUGGAAUCGCGAACUCUUCAAACAGCCACAAGAAUAUGGCUCAUUAGAAGAAGCAAAGCUUACAAGAUUCCAGAGUAAAGCAAGCGUGGAUCACGGCAAAGGCUGGCACUAUGCAUUCUCCAUCGACACAUCGAAGCCCCCAUCGGCCGACGAGUGGACCGAGCAGCCUUUCCUCAGCGGCUCACCUCCGCGCAAGAGAGCGCGUCCGGCUGAAUACGACAAACCUUCUGAUCGGGACUUCAAGGAGCGUGGCGGAGGCGGCCGAAGAUCCAAGCGACCUCGCAUUAAUCCCGAUGAUUGCUUCAUGUGCAUGGGUCGAGAGAACUUCAAAGACUACCUUGUGGUAUCCAUUGCUGACCACAGCAUUGUUACUGUCAUGCGAGGGCCUUUGCCUCAGCCGAAGACAUUCCCGCAGCUGUCGUUCACUGGUCACACCAUGAUCAUCCCCUUAUUCCAUGCGGCUGAUGAAGCGGCUCACGGACUACGCACUCGAGAGGAAAUGUCAAAGGAGUUCACGGAGAUGAACCAGUAUCGUAAGGCUCUGAACAAAAUGAUCGGGGCCAAAAGCAGUGGUGAGCUUGGUGCAGUCUGCUACGAGGUCAACCGGACCGGUAUCAGGCAUUUCCACUGGCAAGUGGUGCCCAUUCAAGCAGAGAAGAUUCGGCGUCGAUUGGUGGACGGGGCCUUCAAGCUGGCGAGGGAAAAGUACAAGCACGAAGCAUUUCAGGACUGCGACCCUGAUCAGCUCCUGGAACAGAGAAGCGAUUUCUUCCGGGUGUGGACGUGGACGCCUUCUGCCGAUCCGGUGGAGAGAGCCGAUCAAGAGGCCAACGGUAAUGGCGGCGAAGGUGGUGUGACAACCUCGAUGUUCUUCUCCAUUCCUGGAAACGCGAGGUUCAGCGUCAACUUUGGUCGAGAGGUCAUGGCGGGGUUGCUGCAGUUAGAAGACCGGGUGAACUGGCAAGAUGCAAUGCUGCCAAAUGAGGCCGAAGAACGCCAGGCUGAAGAAGCCGAUGCGCAGGGUCUCAAAGACGACUUUGGCGACUUCGAUACCGCAAUGCAGUAG